AAAACUUUUUAAUAUACUUUGAAUGUACUAUAUUAUAAUCAUUUGUUUUUAAAAUGUAAUAAAAUAUGACUUUCAAUAUAACUAUGAUAGAUGGUUGCCUUCGUUAAGACUUGCAUCAGAAGGAGAGUUUUCUAAUUUUGUGGAAGGUUUGGGACCAGGUCAAUUAGUUGGAAGACAAGUCUUAGCAUCUCCCAGUUUGGGAGAUAUUCAGCUAAGCAUGUGCGACCGUAAAGGAAAUCUUGAGGUUGAAGUAAUACGAGCUCGUGGUUUACAACCAAAAGCAGGAGCAAAAGGCUCACCUGCUCCAUAUGUGAAGGUAUAUCUUGUUAAUGGUCGCAAGUGUAUAGCUAAGACUAAGACUUCUAUUGCCAGGAAAACACUAGAUCCCCUUUAUCAGCAGCAGUUAGUGUUCCAUGAAGAUUACAGGGGUUGUGUUUUACAGGUAACUGUUUGGGGUGAUUAUGGUAGAAUGGAAAAGAAAGUGUUUAUGGGAGUUGCUCAGAUUAUGCUUGAUGAUCUAGACCUCUCCAAUAUUGUGAUUGGUUGGUAUAAAUUGUUCCAUCCUUCUUCCCUCGUCAACCUUCCAGCAGAUAUUCAACGGAACUCUUUAGUUUCAAUGGGAAGUUUUGGUUGAUUGAAUCAUUUUUUGAAGAGAGUCAAAUCAGUGCCCAUUGAGCUUUUUGCUGGAUGAAUGCCUUCUGGAAAGGGAUCUGGCAGGAGAUAGAAGGCAGUUUCUUUGUACGAAAUCUCUGCACAAAAAUGUUGCAGUGUUCUCAAUGCAACAUCUUGUUUCCACUGGGAGGAGUGCCUGAAAUGUUGUAUUUUACUAUUCACUAUAAUACUUCCUCUGAAACUUUAUUCAAUGUUCUUCAAAUCAGCCAUCUCUACACAUAAAUAGAAAAAAUUUCUUUUGAGAGCUCUUGUUCAUCAAAUGGCGUCAUUUCUGAUUGCGUGGGAAUUUUCUUCUACCUAUGAAAAAAACAUAAUAAACGAACAACCAAUUUUUGCCUUUGCGAGUAUAAAUUUGUGUUAUUGAUUUAACAAUUUAACAAGAUGCCAAAGAAGAAUCUUUUUUUCUAUUUCCAGUUGGAGCAAGUUACAGCAAAUUGUACAGAACUAAAUCAUGUCAUUGUUUCAUGGUGCCAUCAUUGUGGUUGGGAUAAACCAUAAGUACGAUAUCUUUUUCUCAUUUAACUAGUGAACUCAAUUACGUGAACAUCUUGACAUGAUUAAAAAAUUAAACAUGUUAAAGUGUGUUAAUAAUUAAAAUCUGAAAUGAUUCCACAUCUACAGGGGUUCUAUAAAAGACUGGAUAAGUUUAAAUAUUGCAGGGCAUGCAAAUGGUGCUUAUGUUGCUCAUCAAUAAAAAAAACAAGGAUCAGGAUGCUGUCAUGCUGCCAUGUGGACUUUUAAAACCAUGGUGAAUGUAGAGGCAAAGUAUGUCAUCUCGGUAGGAGGCAAGAUAGCCACUUCUCUACAGAGAAAUGGGUAUGCAUUUUGUUCUUUCAAAUUCCAUCCAUAGCAUAAACUAUUUAAUUAUCAAAGAUGUUUAUAUUUUCAUUUAUUAUAUGUAAAAGAUAGCAAUUCUAUGUUAUACAUUGCUAAAUUGUAUUGGUUUUAUAAACUAAAAAGUUUGGUUACUUAUUUACAAAAGACUAAAAACUCAUUAUUGUUACUGUCAAGCACUACCUCUUAAUUUAUCUUGUUUGGUGUCUUUGCUGAUUUCCUCUGAGAUGUACGUGUCUGAAAUGAGUGAAUCAAAGCUUUCCUGAUAUGAUUAGCCACAUAAAUUGAACGUAAUUUAUGUACUGUAAAAAUAAGCAGAAUGUUGAGUUCUGUUGGAAACUAUAAAUGAGAAAACAAAACAUAUAUAAUGCAAUCUUGUAAUGCAUGUUUUUUCAUAUAUUACAAGAUGUUAUUUGUUAUUUAUAUUUUUUCCAUAAAAGAAAUUAUUUUAAAAAAAACGUGCAAGAUUUUUAUUUAUUAUUUUUACUUAUAUGUAUAUUUCAAUUGAGUAUGUGCAAUUGAGACUACUUUGAUAAUAAAAAAUUAACAAAACCCCACAAGAAAACAGCACUAGUCUUAAUGAGAGGUGGUAUUUGUGCCUUUGUUUGGAAAUGUUACGUAUACAAGUUGACAUCUUUGCCUGGUGCCUUAUGUUUGAAAGUUAUUGAAUUGUCAGUAGUGAGAUCAUAGUCUUAUUAUGUGUCCUUGUUGGAAUUGACUGGUUUGUUACUCAGCAGAUUACAUUAUCCUCGUCAUUUAUUCAGUUUUAUGUCUGAUACAUUUCUACCUAAAAUAAAUUUUUAAAUUACAAAAAUCCUAUAGAUUAUUAUUAGGCCUUAAAAUUUAAAAUUUUUAUUGUGAGUAUUCUCUCUCUGUGCAUGAUUCUUGUGGGAGAAAUGUAUUGUUCAUUGUCUAAAUUGUAUUAAACUCUGUAUGUACCUAACUAAAAUUAUAUCCCAUCAGUUUUUCAUGCCAAGAGUUUUGUAAUCAGUUGUGUAUGUGUAUAUGACUGUAUACAUAUUCACAAGAAUAAAAUAACAAGUCAUUAAAUUUAUUUUAUCUUAUUGAGGUCAGGGAAAAUAAUAUCAAUUUGCUGUUAAAAGCAAUUUUUGUGCUAAUUAUGAUAUUUGUGCCAAUGUACCUGACAAAAUGAGCUGAGGUGUUUGAAACAUCAUUUAUUGUUUUAAAUAGAUAUAAAAAUUUAAAAUAUCUUAGUAUUAUUUUUAAUUUUGCUUGAAUGAAUUAUGAUGGCUGUUUUGAAGUAAUUUUUUAUAAAUAUAAUUCCUGUGAUAAUGUAAAUUAUUCUAUUUAACUAAAAGAUUUUAUAUUGAAUACUUACUUUUGAAGUAGCAAAAUAGGGAUACUUUCCUUUUUUUUGUUUAGUAUUAAUUUAAAAUAUUAGAAUUGUUUAUAUACAUAUGUUAUAUUUGCAAAUAUUGUCAGUCUUUGCAGUUAUAAAAUAUAAGGUAUAUUAUUUGUUAUUUCAAUGUUGACAGUAUUUCAUUUAUUUUAUAAUACUGUUAAAUACAGAUAAUUUAGAUUAAAUUUAUCUAAAUAUCUGAAAUGUUCAACUUCCAAAUUAUUAUUCUAUUCCUUUAUGUUAUUAGCAAAGGUAGCAUCCUUUGACUGACCAGUCACAUGUAAUCGAAUGGCAGUUUUCCAACUAUAUGCAAAGAAAAUAACUGAAGAGUAUGAUUUCUGAUCAAUAAUGUCUGAAACUGAAUUUUGCAUGAUACAAUAAAGUGUAAUAAACUCCAAACAAUGGAAUUUGAAGACUGUUAAUGUUAAACAACAGUUGUUGUUCACAUAUUGUGAAAUUAUGGUACCGAUGUCGCUCAACUUUUGAGCACAAAAUUUUUCUUAAUAAUCCAAACUCAACAAAAAAAGGGGAAAACUUUUGUUCUGUUGUAUUACCAAUUUAAGAUUGUCUGGAUUUUGAACAUUCUUGUGACAGCUGCCUCUCUACACCAUGGUCAUCCUAACAAUCUGAUUUCCUCUUUUUGUGGGUAUUGUGAAUUUUCCCACUUACUGUGAUGGAUUCUCUUUCAGCAGGGAUUGUUUCUUUGAUGUAUUCUUUUUUAAUCUCUCAGAUUUUGAAAUAAAAAAAUUAUCAAAUUGA